GUUUCUUCGUCUGACCCUUUCGUCUUUCAGACGUUGAACGUCUUUUCCUGUUCAACUUCUUUUGUCACUGCUGCGUCAGUGUGUUGCCUGGUGCUACAGCCUCCUCUGUUGCGUCCAUUCUCUCCGGAAGAGCCUUCAUAGUUCCUACAUUCCCUCUUUCUCCUCGAGUCGCCCCGAUAUUGUCAUCCGCAACCAACACACACAACCUUCCAAAUCAUCACCCCAUAGUUGACCUCCAACAUGUCUCGCCAAAUCAAGUACAUCAUGGGCUUCUGGGGCUUCUGCGACUUGCUCCUGCUCGCAGCUGCCAUCGCGUCCAUUGCCUUCUCUGUCAUCUGGCGGCAACCCAAUCUCCUCAUCAACCUGACGAUGGACGCCCAGCACCUCACCGCCGGGCUCAUCAUGGGUGUCAUCCUCCUUUUGUCUUGGCUCAUCUCCAUCGGCGCGCUCCUCUCGCCCUCCCGUUCUACCACCGGUUUUGUCGUCCUUAACUGGGCGAUCGUGGUCGACUCAAUAGCAAUCCUGGUAGUGGGGACUUCGCUCUGGUUCUACACGCUGCACAUCCAGGACAACUACCUCGCCAUAUGGGAGGUGCAGUCCAACGCAACAAAGAUCGCGGUGCAGGACCUGUUCCAAUGCUGCGGCUACUUCGAGCCCAACGACACGACCGUUGCUAUCGGCGGGUUCUGUUCCAGCCCGGCCUUCGUCGCUGGGCUCUACAACGCAACAGUCACCACCGCCAACGCCUGUGUGGGCCCGAUCACGGGCUACGCUGAGCCUAUGCUCAAUCAAGUCUUCACGCUCGUAUACGGCUUCAUGGCGGUUGUCAUCAGCUUGUUCCUGGCGUCGCUCUGUGUCAUCAAGACGAGGCAGGAAAAGGAGCGGUUCAGAAAGAUCGACGCCAAGCGUGGUGGCCGUGGCUUUGUUUAGACGCAUGCGCAUCCGGACGCUCACCAAUGUCUCAUCUCGCUGCCGCGCUUUCCUCUGGGGUGUCCCGCCACUGUACUCCUACUGUCGCAUCGUUCUCCGUUAUCCCUCGGCGCGCCCUUCUCUCGCCUCGUCCGCGGCCCAGAUGGUCGGUUUUGUUCCUCUUGGUGUGUGCUACUACUCUAUCGACAACUCGUGUAUUUUUCUACUUCUUUUGUCUUUCUUUGCGUGCAAUGGCAUUCACAUUUGGGUCGGCGAAGAACCCAGGAGGAU